CCUCUGUGUCAGUGACAUGCUUGAAAGGAGAGAAAUAUACUGUAACCUAGAUUUCAAAGGUCACAGUAAUACUGUCCCAAGCAUUUUUAAAGCUAUGAUUUAUGUGCCAGUAUAUUAGCAAUAUGGAUGGUUUCAAGGUUUGGUCUGUUCUGCUGAUUAUAGUUUACAGCCUGUGCCAAAGAUGUAUGCUGUGCGGUAUUUCAACACAUAUUGAAAUAGCACAUCGAGCUCUGGAAUUUUUCAGUAAACAUGAAGGGAAUGUUAACUAUAGAAAGUUGUUACUAAACCACCAGGAUGCAUUUCAGGCUGGGAGCCUUUAUCCUGAUGCCUUUUAUCCUGUUAUCUGCAGGAAUGGAAUAUUCCAUCAUGUUUCUGAAGACACUCACUGGGCACCAUUUCUCAACACAAGUAUCCAUUACAUCAGGAAGAAGUAUCCUCAGCCUUGGGAGGAGGCUACAGAGAAACUGGUGGCUUUCCUGUUUGGAAUUGCCUCACAUAUGGUGGCAGAUGUGAGCUGGCAUAGCUUGGGCAUUGAUCAAGGAUUUCUAAGGACCAUGGGAGAAAUUGAUUUUCAUGGCUCAUACUCAGAUGCUCAUCGUACUGGUGAUUUUGGAGGUGACGUAUUAAGCCAAUUUGAGCUUGAUUUUAGUUACCUGAAAGCAGCCUGGUAUGUACCAGUCAAAGACCUGCUAGCUAUCUAUAAGGAAUAUUAUGGCCAAGAAGUAAUAACCGAAGGCACAAUUAUUGACUGUACUUACCUGCAGUUUCUCGAAUUGCAUGGAGAAAUGCUUGCUGUUGCCAAGCUUUUCCCAUCGUAUGCUAGCAAAUCUCCAUUUUUGGUGGAGAGGUUCCAUGAGUAUUUCCUUGGAGGACUGGAUGACAUGGCAUUCUGGUCAAAUAAUAUUUUUCAGCUAGCAAGCCACAUGUUAGAAAAUGGGACCAGUGGCUGCUUCAUACCUGAGAACCCUCUAUUUAUAGAGUGCAAUGGGGAGCACAAGAACAGCAACAUAAUUAUACAGUCCAAAAAGGAACAGCACAAGAGUGUGACUUCUUCACUCACACAAACAACUGAAAAGAAUAUAAAUUAUACGGAGAAAGGAGUUUAUUUCAAUAUGCAAUCCUGGGCAACAAAGUCCCUCCACUUUAUUAAUGGUGCUUUUGCAAAGAAUGUCAGGAGAGCAUUUGCAGUCAUGCAUCAGCAAUCCUCUAACCACGUCUCCAAGCCCACAGCCUCAUACUUCCUGAAAUCAUCCUAUGCCAGGCUUGGAUGGGCAAUGACCUCAGGUGACUUAAACAAAGAUGGUUAUGAGGAUCUCGUGGUUGGAGCACCAGGAUACAGCAGAUUGGGCCAUGUUCAGAUAGGACGGGUGUACAUAGUUUACAGUAAUCGGUCAGGUUUGCCUCCAGUAAACAUGGAUCUAGACAAGGAAGCGGAUCAAGUGCUGGAGGGUUGUCAGCCUUCAGGCAGGUUUGGUUCUGCCAUAGCAGUACUGGACUUCAAUGAGGAUGGAGUACCAGACGUGGCGGUGGGAGCACCUUCUGUAGGAUCACAGCAUCUCACUUACACUGGUGCUGUGUAUGUAUAUCUGGGCACUGCAGGAAGAGGCCUGUCACCUUGGCCAAACAUUACCAUAAUUUGCCAGCACACAUUCUGUAACCUUGGAUGGUCACUGCUGGCUGCUGAUAUUGAUGGGGAUGGAAAGUCUGAUCUGGUUGCCGGUUCUCCUUUUGCACCUGGCGGUGGGGAGCAGAGAGGAUUUGUACUUGCAUUUUAUUCUCACUUCAACAGGAGUGACAAAGGGCUGCUGUCAGUAGAGGAUGCCAACUGGAUGGUGAAGGGGGAAAAGAACUAUGCCUGGUUUGGAUAUUCACUUGUUAGUCACCAGUUGAAGAACAAAACCUUACUGCUGAUUGGCAGCCCUACCUGGAAGAGCUGUACUGGUCUAGGUUGUUACAUCUCAUUGGAUACCAAACAGAGUGUUGGAAAGGUGUACGGAUAUAACCCACCAAGCACACAAAGCUGGUUUUCCGUACCUGGAGACAUGGAGAGGGGCAAACUGGGUUCGUCGCUGGCCAGAGGCUUCCUGUCUGUGGCUGGAAUUCCAAGAGAAGUGUUGGUGGUGGGCGCACCUACCUCCGACAGCACGUCUAGGAUUGCAUUUAUAUCCUCAGUACUGCACCAAGCUGGAACUGUUCUGAUGUAUGACUUGACAGAUGGUGCCAAACCUUCUUUGCUCAGCACUUUCAGUGGGGACAGGAGGUUCUCUCGCUUUGGAGGAGAUGUACACUUAAGUGACCUGGACAAUGAUGGACUAGAUGAAAUUAUUGUGACAUCUCCUCUGCGAACUGAAGACAUCACGUCUGUACUGUUUGGAGGGGAGGCUGGACGUGUGUACAUCUACAAUGGAAACCAGACCACCUCGGGUAAUGUGACAGACAACUGCAAAUCAUGGAUUUCUCCUUGUCCUGAGGACUGGGCACAAUAUGUUCUAAUUUCUCCUGAAGAAAGAUCAAGGUUUGGGAGCUCCGUCAUCACUGUGAAAUCUCAAGGAAAGAGAGAAGUUGUAGUAGCUGCUGAGAGAAGUUCGGUGAAAGCGAGACUGAGUGGAAGGCUUUUUAUGUAUACCCUUUAAAUGUUCAAAUGUUCUUUUGCUGAGUCUGGGUAUAUGCCUGAUUUCAGUAGCAGAUCCCCCAGUAUCUAUGGUGUUCUCCUUCACUCCUCCCUCUGCCAUGCUAAACAAACAGGAUGUAGCUAAAAAGAAGACAUAAGCAGCAGAAAGGAAAUUGGGGUUGAUUUGGAAAAAAAAAAAAAAAAGACGGGGAAUACUAACUGUCACGGUCCAUCCAUCCAGCUUUAGAAUUGCAAACCAAUUAAAAACCUCUAUCCAUGGAAGUCAGAAGGCUAAAUAACUCAGCCAUACAAAAAGCAGCAUGAAGGGAGCCAAAACAUCAACCUAGCAUCAAUCCAGGCAACUUAUGAGGGAGGCUGGUUCCAGCAGACCUAUUUC